AAAUGCCCAUAUUCAGAGGGCAGGAAUGAACCCUGAUCUGUCUCUCCACUCAGGUUGUCUUCAAAGCCAAGCAGGUCAAGGCAGAAGGUAUUGAAUUGGCUGUGGACUCCAUCUUUAUCCAGCUCGGCCCUUGCUCACCCUGCGUGACCAAAUGCAAUUUUGAUACUCCGAAUUACUUCUGCGGAUGGGAGAAGCAAAAGGAGGGAGAGGUGACUUGGGAGCAGUGGACUGGCCCCGGGGACAUGCCAGGUGUGGGGCCAACGGAUGACUUCUCCAGGCCUGGAUUUGGUUCCUACAUGUUGCUCAGUCCUUUCAAUGAGGGAAGUAGAGGAAGUGCAUUUCUGAAGAGCCCCACAUUCUCUCCGGGAGGAUGCCUCGUCCUUAGCUUCUACUACACCCUCCAUGGUACCUCUGACGAUACAGCCCUGAAGGUCUAUGCGGCUGCCCCAGGGGAAGAACUAGGGGUCCUGUUGCUGUCGCUCAGUGGGGAACAUGGUCCCCACUGGAGGCCAGGAGCAGCUAAUUAUACCGGGAGGAAGAGCAUCCAGUUCAUCUUCGAAGGCACGCUUGCAGGGAACCCGGGACUGGCAGUGGACAGUGUGGCGAUUUCUCCCUGUGGAGAGAUUUUUGCCGCUUGCAACUUCAAUGACAACACGGACCCCUUCUGUGGCUGGCAUGACCCUGCGGAUAACAAUGUCAUCUGGAUACGGACAAACCAAGGCACCCCCACUGAAGACACUGGCCCCCCUGGAGAUUAUCCCCAUGGUGAUGGCUACUACAUCUUCGCAGAAGCUGGCUUUCUAAAGCCGGGCGAGUCUACACGUCUCUCCAGCCGGCCGUUCUGCAUAGAUCAGGAGGCCUGUGUAGAGUUCUACUACCACAUGCACAGCAUUGUGGCAGUUGAGACCCAGCUCCGGGUCCUGCUGGAGGGGCCUUCAGGAGCAGUUAUUGGUCUCUGGAACUGUACGGGGAAUCAGAGUCCCAGCUGGCUCUUUGGCUCUGUGACGAUACCAUACGGUGGAGCACAGCCAAGCACGGUCACUUUUGAGGUCGUCAGAGGAAGGAAUGCCUACUUGGACGUGGCAUUAGACAACAUUUCUGUGCACCGGGGCCGAUGUGCAGCAACUCCUGUGCCUCCAAGUACCUCUUCAAUAGCUUCAUCAACUGCUGGGGGACCGGUCGUGACUGUGCCACCUGAACAACCUACCAUCUCCUGGCCCACAAUCGUCACCUUUCCAAGCCCCACAACAUUCAAUGCAUCCACCACCACCAAAGCCACUGUGACCAAGUCCCAUCCAACAACAUUGAGCUCCACAGGGGACAGUGCCCAGUCCACCAGGCCAGGGGCCACAACUACUGUCACACCCCACAGCAGUGCUAGCCCUGGGCAAGGGAACCAAACAACCACUGGGCUCCCGAACAGCAGCCAAACACCAAGCUGUGCCACUCCUAUCUCUACCCAGACCAGUCCCCCCAGCCCUGUCACCACCUCCUCCUCUGUGAGCACCACUGUAUCGGUUGGUACCACCAGCCAAGGGACUGUUGUCCCCACCAGGAACGAGAGUCUGGCCACCCCCACAGGUCCUCCCAGCACUGGCCAGACCAGUCCCCCCAGCCCUGUCACCACCUCCUCUGUGAGCACCACUGUAUCGGUUGGUUCCACUAGCCAAGGGACUGUUGUCCCCACCAGGAACGAGAGUCUGGCCACCCCCACAGGUCCUCCCAGCACUGGCCAGACCAGUCCCCCCAGCCCUGUCACCACCUCCUCUGUGAGCACCACUGUAUCGGUUGGUACCACCAGCCAAGGGACUGUUGUCCCCACCAGGAACGAGAGUCUGGCCACCCCCACAGGUCCUCCCAGCACUGGCCAGACCAGUCCCCCCAGCCCUGUCACCGCCUCCUCUGUGAGCACCACUGUAUCGGUUGGUACCACCAGCCAAGGGACUGUUGUCCCCACCAGGAACGAGAGUCUGGCCACCCCCACAGGUCCUCCCGGCACUGGCCAGACCAGUUCCCCCAGCCCUGUCACCACCUCCUCUGUGAGCACCACUGUAUCGGUUGGUACCACCAGCCAAGGGACUGUUGUCCCCACCAGGAACGAGAGUCUGGCCACCCCCACAGGUCCUCCCGGCACUGGCCAGACCAGUUCCCCCAGCCCUGUCACCACCUCCUCUGUGAGCACCACUGUAUCGGUUGGUUCCACCAGCCAAGGGACUGUUGUCCCCACCAGGAACGAGAGUCUGGCCACCCCCACAGGUCCUCCCGGCACUGGCCAGACCAGUCCCCCCAGCCCUGUCACCACCUCCUCUGUGAGCACCACUGUAUCGGUUGGUUCCACCAGCCAAGGGACUGUUGUCCCCACCAGGAACGAGAGUCUGGCCACCCCCACAGGUCCUCCCAGCACUGGCCAGACCAGUCCCCCCAGCCCUGUCACCACCUCCUCUGUGAGCACCACUGUAUCGGUUGGUUGCACCGGCCAAGGGACUGUUGUCCCCACCAGGAACGAGAGUCUGGCCACCCCCACAGGUCCUCCCAGCACUGGCCAGACCAGUCCCCCCAGCCCUGUCACCACCUCCUCUGUGAGCACCACUGUAUCGGUUGGUACCACCAGCCAAGGGACUGUUGUCCCCACCAGGAACGAGAGUCUGGCCACCCCCACAGGUCCUCCCGGCACUGGCCAGACCAGUUCCCCCAGCCCUGUCACCACCUCCUCUGUGAGCACCACUGUAUCGGUUGGUUCCACCAGCCACGGGACUGUUGUCCCCACCAGGAACGAGAGUCUGGCCACCCCCACAGGUCCUCCCAGCACUGGCCAGACCAGUCCCCCCAGCCCUGUCACCACCUCCUCUGUGAGCACCACUGUAUCGGUUGGUUCCACCAGCCAAGGGACUGUUGUCCCCACCAGGAACGAGAGUCUGGCCACCCCCACAGGUCCUCCCAGCACUGGCCAGACCAGUCCCCCCAGCCCUGUCACCACCUCCUCUGUGAGCACCACUGUAUCGGUUGGUUCCACCAGCCAAGGGACUGUUGUCCCCACCAGGAACGAGAGUCUGGCCACCUCCACAGGUCCUCCCAGCAGCACUACCACCACCACCAGUGGAGGUGACCUGGGCCCAACCCCACCUACAUCUGCCUCUUCCACCAGCAACCCUGGCCACAACGUUAGCACUACUCCAAGUCAUGUCAGCUCUACUGCUCCCUCAGCCAGACCCUCCACAGACCCCUCCAGCAGCGUGCAUCCCAGCAGCCCCACCACAGCUACCCUUCCAGACAUCACCGUCCCCACCAGAACAGCCUCUACUCCCAAACUGACAACUACAUUGCAACCUACCACUGGCAUCUCCAGUCCAAGCAAACCGUUGACCCCCAGCUCUGUCCUGACCAGCUCUACCACUUCUAAGAGCCCCCAGCCCACAGGUCCCAGCACCACACAGCCCCUGCCCACUGAUCACAUUGGUACACCCAAACCCACAUCAAAGAGACCAGGCACUGACCAGACCACUCCCAGACAACCUCCAGAUCGGGCACUCUGCACAGUUUCUGGAGAUCCCCAUUAUACAACAUACGACGGUCGCCUCUUCCAUUUCAUGGGUAAUUGCACCUACCUGCUUACGGCGGCCUGCAACGCCACACCCGGCCAGCCCACCUUCCAGGUCCAGACAACCAAUGAACACCGCGGGAGCAACACCCAGGUUUCCUACCUCAAGUCUGUCAGCGUAGCCGUCCAUGGGAUGCAGAUUGUGCUGCUGAAGGGGCGGAGAGUCACUGUGGACGGGAAGCGAGUUACCUUGCCUGUCUCUGUGGCUGCGGGACGGGUGUCCGUGCGCCUGAGUGGCACUUUCGUUCUGGUCCAAACGGAUUUCGGCCUCUUGGUGAGAUUUGAUGGGAACCACCAUGCCGAUGUCUCCGUCCCGUCAUCCUACAUUGGGGAGUUGUGCGGCCUUUGUGGGAACUUCAAUGGAGAAGCUGCAGAUGAUAACCUCAUGCCCAAUGGCACCUCAGCAGGGGCAGAUGACAACCGGCUGGGGGAGAGCUGGCAGGUGCCCAAUGUAGGAGAUGCCAGGCAAGUUUUCCACCCCCCUGGUCAUGGGAGGUGUCAUCCAGCAGAUCUGCAGGGCACCAGGUCGAAGAAGGCUGUCCCCUCCAUCACUUGCACAAUGUUCUCUUACAGCUGCAUCAACUCAGGCGACCCUGGAGAAUGCGAUCCAGAAAUUGCGGCUGAAGCUCAGGGACCCACCAGUUGUGGCAUUCUCACAGAUCCCCAAGGUCCAUUUGCUCCAUGCCAUGGCAAGGUGCCUCCCCAAGGGGCAUUUGAGAGCUGCAUCUACGAUCUCUGUGGCACUGGAGGAGACGCAGGGUUACUGUGCUUUGCACUGCAGUCCUAUGCCGACCGUUGUGCCCAAGCCGGGGUCACCAUCACCUGGAGGAACAGCACUUUCUGCCCCCUGAACUGUCCCCCUGGGAGCUCCUACACGCCCUGUGGCCCAGCCUGUCCGUCAACCUGCACAGAUCCAGAUGCCCAGAACAGCUGUCCUGAUCUGCCCUGUGUGGAGGGCUGUACAUGUGACCAGGGCGUCCUCAGUGGAGACCAAUGUGUCUUGCUCAGCCAGUGCGGCUGCACAGAUGCCAGUGGGCACUACCAUGCGGUUGGUGAGAGCUGGAUGGGAAACCUGAACUGCACCCAGCGCUGUUCUUGUGCAGCUGGCAACCAGAUCACCUGCGAGGAAUGGAGCUGUACCCCUGUCCAGGAGUGCCGGCCUGUGGAGGGCCUGCUGGGCUGCCAAGACACCGGAGUAGCCAGCUGCCACGUGGCUGGAGACCCCCACUACUUCACCUUUGACGGCAAGAUGGUCUCCUUCAUGGGCACCUGCACCUACACCCUGGUGGCCGUGUGCCAGCACGACCCUCGCCUCCCUGCCUUCAACAUCACAGCCAAGAAUGAGGAGCGUGGGCAGCCAGAGGCCUCCUACCUGCGCCUCGUGACGGUGAAACUUGAGGGUGUCGCCAUUACGUUGCAGAAAGGCCGGCGGGUGCUGAUUGACGGCCAGCGUGUGCGAACCCCCGUGGAGGGCCGCAUCCCCAGGUUCUCCAUCACUUCCAGCGGCAUCUAUGUGGUCCUAGAGACUGACUUUGGGCUGGUGGUGAAGUUCGAUGGAAACCAUCACUUGGAGAUCCAGCUGCCUGGGACGUAUUUUGGGAAGGUUUGUGGCAUGUGCGGAAACUUCAACAACCAGAGCACAGAUGACUAUCUGAUGCCAAAUGGACAUUUGGCUGCAAAUGACACUCAGUUUGGGAAUAGCUGGAAAGCCCCCGGUGAUGCUGAUGCAGGCUGUCAGCCAGACGACCGCCUGGACUUGCACCCCAACUGCUCCCACCAGGAACUGGAGCGCCUCCACGUCUUGUGCCUCGAGGUCAUGGCGCCCAAGUACCAGCCCUGCCAUUCCAUCAUCGACCCCAAGCUCUUCUUCCAGAACUGCCUUUACGACAUGUGCGAAUACCAGGGCAUGACCUCCGUCCUCUGCGACAACAUCCAGGCCUACGUGGAAGCGUGCAAGAGCCACGGCGUGACCGGCAUCUCCUGGAGGAACAGUACCUUUUGCCCUCUUCCGUGUCCUCCAAACAGCCACUUCACCGAAUGUGCAUCUCCCUGCCCAGCCACCUGCUCCAACCUCUAUGCCCCUGCCCACUGCCACCUCCCCACCCCCUGUGUGGAGGGCUGCGCCUGUGACCGAGGCCAUGUGCUAAGCGACUAUACCUGUGUCCCAACGUGGGAGUGUGGAUGCCUGGACUCCAAACAGGAAUACCACAACGCUCGAGACACCUGGAUAACGAGCGACUGCCUGAACCGUUGCACCUGCCUGGGCGGCGGGGAGAUCCGUUGCCAGCCUUUCCACUGCCUGCCGGGGUCCCAGUGCUCUGUUAGCACCGAUGGGUCGCGCUACUGCCGGCCGACCACCAUCCACCAGUGUGUGAUCUCGGGGGACCCACACUACCGCACUUUCGACAAUUUCGUCCACCACUUCCAAGGCCGGUGCACCUACACCUUGGCCCGCACGCUGGGCCAGCUGCCCGAGGCCCUGGAGCCCCUCUCGGUGGCAGGCAGGAACUACCGCCGGUCCGUGCUCCAGCGGGUCUCCUUCCUGCGUGAGGUCUACGUCGAGGUGCUGGGCCACCGCAUCACCCUGAUGCAGGGGCGCAAGAUGGCGGUCAACGGGGUGAUGGUCACUCCUCCCUACUCCCCCAGAGACGGGCUCCAGAUCACCCAGAGGGGCCGCAGCCUCUUCGUGCAGACCAGUUUUGGCCUCUCGGUCUCCUUCGAUGGCAAGAAUGCUGCCGAGAUCGUCUUGCCCAGCACAUACCAGAAGCAUGUUGGGGGGCUCUGCGGGAAUUACGAUGGGCAGCGGAAUAACGAGUACAUGAAACCGGACGGGAAGCUGACCCGGUCACUCAACACCUUCGGCAACAGCUGGCAGGUUUCGGCCCAGAGGAGGGCCCUGGAUGGAGGCAGCGGGGACCUCGGCCCCGCCCGAGUCAGGCGCCAGGAGCCUGCCGAAGAGCCCGAAUCGGGAUUCGAGGUGGACUGCACUCCGGAGCAGCUGGCCUUCGUAAACGGGACCACGGUCUGUGGGGCACUGGCAGCCCCCGCGGGACCCUUCUCGGCCUGCCAUGGUGUCGUGUCUCCUGCCCCUUUCCAAGAGAGCUGCGUCUAUGACAUGUGUGCGUUGUUCAAUGACACGGAGCUCCUGUGCCAAGACUUCGAGGCCUAUGUCCAGCUGUGCCAGGAGGAGGGCGUGGACCUGGGGCUGUGGAGGGAGAAGACCGGCUGCAUGAUUCAGUGUCCGGCCCAUACCAGCUACCAGCCCUGCAUGAGCGCCUGCCCCGCAAGCUGCGCCAACCUGGCCGCCCCUUCCGCCUGCGAGGCCCCUUGCGUUGAGGGCUGUGCCAGCGCCCCCGGCUACGUCCUCAGUGGGCUGGUCAGCGUCCCCUACAACCAGUGCGGCUGCUCCCACAACAGCCAGUAUUACCAGAUCAAUGAGACAUUCAUGACGGAGGACUGUUCCCAGCGAUGCACCUGCCGGUUCACGGAGGUCUUGGAGUGCUCGCCGGCAGGAUGUGGCGAAGGGGAGAUCUGUGCGGUGGCCAGCUACGUCCGCGACUGCUUCCGAGACAGUCCCUGCCUCAGCAGCCCCUGCCAGAACGAGGGGACGUGCCAGGAGGCCUCAGGGGGCUUCGUCUGCCUCUGCCUGGAGGGCUACAUCGGACUCUUCUGCGAGGAAGCCCUGCUGGACGAUGUGUCCCCAGCACCCAGCGCCCCCAACACCACCACCACCACCACCACCACCACCCGGUUGCUGGGUGUCAGCAGCACCUCCCAGGCUCUGCCAGGUGGCACCCUGACUACUAAGCCAGAGGGCUCUAACUUGAUGGACAUCCUGCUCGGAGUCUUCAUCUCCCUGGCCAUCCUCCUCCUCCUCACGCUGAUCAUUGUCUGUGUCUGUCGGCACCGAAACAAGAGGAAGAUGGACGAAGACCGCGUGGCUGUCCUCUCCACUCCAGGUGAGCAGCCCGGGGAUCUCUCUGAGAGCAGCUGGGCCGUGGAGCCCGACAGGCCCGCUGUGACCGGAUGUGCUUCGCCGCCUUUUGUCUUUCAGGCUCAGUGGGGGCUUCACACCCUCCCAGCAGCAGAAUCACUUCCCUGUGAGGGCAGAUCCCUUGGAAGAGCCACUCCGUCUUCUGAGGCCCGAGCAAGGACCCCCCCCCCGCUCUCCAUCUUUGCCAGGACGCCAAAGCCUGGAACAUGCAACUUCCAGGCCUCACAAAGGGUGCCUGUCCUGGCUGAGUGUCCACCUGCGGCUGUUGUGGAUCCCAGCUUGGCUCAGCCUCAGCCCUGUCCUGUGUCAAACCCCAGCACUGGGGCUACAAAGAAGACCCCUGGCCAGCUGGGGGAACCAAGACCCAGCAAUAGCAGCAGCGAGCAAGAGGGGGCCGAAGUGGGAGGCACCACCAGGGCCAGGCCAAACCAUGGAGGUGCCCAAAGGACGGAUCACCCUUCGGCUGCCAGGCAAGAAAGGGGGAUUAAGUGCCGCAAGGCCCCUCAGCAGGCGGGGGCUGUUCUGGGUCUCUAA